AAAUCUCACGCGCACGUCUCUCCUACCCGCCCGCUGCAGCACAUCUCUUGUCCGGCCUCCAAGCUUCUACAGGCCCGAAGCGACCUCCUCGCGCCUCGCCAUGGCGCGGCGGGGCCACCACCUGACCGAGGUAGCCCUCCUCGCGUCCGCCUCGGGGUGCCUCGCGGCCGCGGGGGCCGGCGAGCGGGAGGGGUGGCUGGACGACCCCGCGGUGCUCCUCUCGCUCGGGCCCCGCGCGCGCGACCUCGCCGUGGCCAGCGCCGCGAGGUCCGUGCUGGGGAUCGUCCCAGUCGCGGGCGGCGGCGGGGUCACGGUGAAGCCCGCGCUGGGGCCAGACGACGGCCGGAUCUCCGCCGUGGAGUGGGUCCCGCUCGACGCGGAGGGAGCGCAAGGGGAGGAGGGAAUGGCCCUCGUGGUGGGCACCGACGCCGGGUGGCUCCUCUUCUACUCGCUCGCCGGCGAUCUCCUGCAUAAGCAGAGUAUAUAUCCUGCGAAGAUACUGAAGCUUAACUUCAGUGAGAGAAAGGAAAAUGCUUGGGAAGAUUCAGGUUCAGAUGAGCUUUCCGUGGUUUUUCCCGGUGUUAUUGCACGUUGUGAUGGUGCUGACCUUCAGAUCAUGCUUCAAAAAUCAUUUCAAGAAGUUAAAUCGCGCAUGUGGAAAGAUAAGUUUGAACAGGAAGAUGAUGAGGACACGAGUUCUUUCGAAAAGAUACCUCUUCAGAUUUGGAACGUAAGCAAGUUCAGCUCUUGUGUUGAUGCGGCAAUUGUUGGGCUAAUGCCACCUCCUCUGUUAGAACUUCAGUCGAGUCAGCGCCACUACUGUGCCAUUACAGUUGGAGAGGAUGCUGUUGUUUCAGCAUAUCGGUUAUCUGAAGACAGAAGCAGGUCAUUAGUUGGAGCAAUUUUGUCAAGAGGUGUAGCUGCAACAUUUUCGACAAUAUCAUCUUUGUCCAAAAUUCUGUGGCGGAGUGAACCAUCACCGACUAAGAAGUCACGGCCAAAGCCUCAAGCCUUUGCAAAAACAUCACCUCUCACAUGCUUGAAAGACUCACCAAGGAAGGGAGAACGACUUACACUCUCCCCAAGUGGUACAUUGGCUGCAAUAACUGAUUCUCUUGGACGAAUACUACUGCUGGACACUCGUGCCCUUGUGGCUGUACGGUUAUGGAAGGGUUAUCGUGAUGCUUCUUGUCUUUUUGUGGAGAUGCUUCGUAACAAAGACAAGGUGUCAUCAAGCUCAAUGCACUUGGAUUAUACAAAGAGUGACUAUUGCUUGUGCCUGGCAAUCCAUGCCCCACGGAAAGGCAUAAUUGAGGUUUGGCAGAUGCGGACUGGGCCACGUCUCCUAACCAUCCCAUGUCCCAAGGGAAGCAGGAUCUUGCAGCCGUCGAUGAGGUUCUCGUCAUCGGCAUUCUCGUCGUAUACGCCGCUGGAGGUUUACUUGUUCAAUGGAGACUCCGGGCAGUUGUCUGUUCUGAAUAGGCAUAUUGGAUGAGAGCUCCACUGCUGUUUCUUGCUUUACAUUAUACUCCUAGAUAGAAGAAUUAUUGUUACCGGGGUUGUACAGGGUAUAUUAUUACUGUGUUGAUGGCCAGGUGAUUAUGGUUGUGCCGAUGAUUCUUUUUCCCACCCACCAAAAUGAGAGCAGGUUUUGUGUGACUUGAUCCACACGAAUGAAUAAGUAAAGUUGGUCAUGUGAUCGUGUACAAUAGGAAAGGUGGCACUUAUCUCUUCUACUUAUACCUUGUGGAGUAGAGUACUACAUGCUCCAUUUAUUAUUAUUACUUGUGCACAACAUACUCUAUUUAUUAAGAGAUGGGCGCAGACGCUAGCAACA